CGCGCAUGACUCGGUUCCACCGAGCGCUCCGGGAGCCUCGGGAACCUCGAGCGAGCUGCGAGGCGAGGCAGUCAGUCGCUCUCAGCUACGACAUGCAUAACGCAUGAGAGAGCCCGAGCGAGAUCUUUCCGAGCCGUUGUCGUCUCUCCUCUGGCGCGCGCGCGCUCACACACGCACACACACCGACACAGAUAGAGAGACAUCGCGCGAGGAAAACACACGCGCGCGCAACCCAAGACACCGCGCCGUGCAUCGACUUUAACUCUCCUACCGUGAUCGUGCUCGUCCGCGACAUACACCACUCGUCCUCCCGUCUUCGCGAAUCAACGGGCCACCGCGAGUUCACCGAGCGAGUAUCAUCGGCCCAUCGACUUCUGUCGCGAGUGUCGUCGGCCCGUGCCGUUUAGUCGCCGUCUUUCGACCGAUCGCGAUGAUAACGCGUCACGGCGUUCAGUGAUAGCAAGCGGAACGCGAGUGAUAUUUCUCCGUGUCGCCUCGAGUCGCCUGUCGCAGUACUACCACGUACUCGUCGAAAGGACGCGACGCCGUACGACACGACACGACGCGAUACGACGGUGUGCCUUUCUUCGGUUUUGUGCAGUUGCGAACCAACGGUCGCAGAACGGAGCUGUACGCCUUUGCGCACGGUGGUGAAAGCAACGUAUCCGCGCGGGGUUCCUCCCCGGAGGAAUCGAUAUUGUCCGCGUGAAGAUCGGAUCUCGAUCGUUUCGAGCGCGCAUCCAUCUCGCGGAAAACUAUGGACGAAUGGUUCGUGAGUUCGACGAUGCCUGUUAUUCGGGAUUUGGUGCGUAGUCGCGAACCAUGGACUGUGCGCUAGCUGCGUGUGAUAGGUGAUCGUCGAUCGAGUCGGACGAAGAGGAAACGAUCUUGCCUCGAGGCAGGAAUUCGCGAUCUGUGUGCCGCGUUCCGUUCCACGAUCUACGUCGAGCGUUUGUGCGAGAUUUUUGCGCGAGACUUUGCGCGAUCGUACGCACAUCGUCGGUGAACCGAGGAUAUCGCAGCGUGGCGAAUCUUACGCGAGACACAGCCGUCGACGGUAAGCCAACAACCGGGGAGAAGAAGGACGACGGAACGAGUUGGAUGGGUGAAAACGGACGAAAGAGAGAAGAAACAGAGGGACGAUAGAACGACGAGGUACGUCGACGGAAGCGAAGAAAGGAAAGGAAGGAGGCGAGGGUGCCCUGUAAGGGCAGCCCGAAGGCUGACAGCGAGCGAAGGCGGCAAGAGGAUAGAAAAGACGGGAAACAUAGGAAGAAUAGAAAGAAAAAUCGGGAAGACAGAAAGGAAAGAAGGAAGAAGAAAGGAGAGGCGAAACCUCUGCACGAGGGGAAGUAGAUGGCCGCUACCACGUACAUGCCUAUUAGUAGCGCAGUGUCGUCCGAGCUGGAUGGUGGUUCGGGUACAGCGAUCGGGAUGAACAUCGCCGUAGGUGGCUACUCCUCGGGCUCGCCUCGUAGCGCCGCCGAUGCCGGGGAGAUGAAGUACAUGCCGGCGCCGCAGCAUCAUCACCACCAUCAUCACCAUCAUCAGGUGACAUCGUCGCCGUCGCCGAACGGAUUGUCGCAUCCGACGGCGAGCCUCUCGUCGGCGAAUCCCUGGGUGAGCCUGCAACCGAGCAGCGAUCACUGGGCGGCCUCGAUGGGCAUGCACCACACCAGUCAUCAUCCGCACCAUCAUCCGCACCAGGCGAACGCCGCUGGACUCGACGUGAAGCCGCUCGCGGCAGCGGCCGCUACCGCGGCAGCGGCCGCCGCGGCCGCCAACGACCAGUCGAUGCAUCCGCAUCGCGGCGGUCCUCACCAGUCGCCCGGAAUGGCCUCGCCGCAUUCUUGGCACGCGCCCGUCGUCCCGUCGGCCCAUUACAAUCCGAGCGGUGGCGCGGCCUCGCCCACUACCCUUCAACAGUACCAUGCCGCGAUGAACGGCAUGCUGCAUCCGCAUCCGCAUCAACACCAUCCUCAGCUUCACAAUCACCAGACCGCCGGUUUACAUCCGAACUUGAGGGAUCCCGGGUCGCCGGUCGGCCACGCGCUGCAUCCCGGCCACCCGCACGACAGGGAUCAGAGCGCCGGAGAGGAGGACACACCGACAUCGGACGACCUCGAGGCGUUCGCCAGACAGUUCAAACAGCGGCGCAUCAAGCUGGGCUUCACCCAGGCGGACGUCGGUCUCGCGCUCGGUACUCUCUACGGCAACGUCUUCUCGCAGACGACGAUAUGCAGGUUCGAGGCUCUUCAGCUGAGCUUCAAGAACAUGUGCAAGUUGAAGCCGCUGCUGCAGAAGUGGCUCGAGGAGGCGGACUCGACGACCGGCUCGCCGACGAGCAUCGACAAAAUCGCCGCCCAGGGCAGGAAACGAAAGAAGCGAACGUCGAUCGAGGUGUCGGUGAAGGGCGCGCUCGAGCAACACUUCCACAAACAGCCGAAACCGUCCGCGCAGGAGAUCACCACGCUCGCGGACAACCUUCAAUUGGAGAAAGAAGUGGUCAGGGUGUGGUUCUGUAACCGACGGCAAAAGGAGAAGAGGAUGACACCGCCGAACACGCUCGGCGACGGAAUCAUAGAGGGCGUGCCGCCCGGACACCAGAGUCAGCCUAGUCUUCACCAGGCGUAUCAUCCGCAGGAUCAUCUUCACGGAUCGCCGAUGGGCCAUAGCCACAGUCCGCCGAUGCUCAGCCCUCAGGGUCUGACGGCGCACUCGUUGGCGGCUCACUAGCGUUCGCCCGGGCCUCCCCCGUUGGGCCUUUCGAUAACUUCUCAAAACUCGGCGAACAAUCCGGCUUCCUCGCCGCCGGAGACGCUCCCUCCGUUCUAUCAUCAUUACCUGCAGGCGCGCACCGGCAGCUACUCCACCACCUCGUAGUAGCUGUGGCCAGUCGACGAUCUUCUUCGCGUGCCACAGCCGCGAUGCGUUUUCGCUCCUAGUCGAGCUCGCUAGUAGCGUCGCCGUCGUAAUCGCGCCACCCCUGCCAGGCUUUCCUCCGUCUCUUCGACGAGGUUCAACGGGGUACAACGAGGCCGAGUCAGAAGCCAGCCAACGGGGAGGCUUUUUUCGGCGCGAUUCGAAUCGCGCCCACCCAAACGCUCUCGAUAAUCGCCGAUAGGCUAAGAAUCUCAGGGAUAACGCCAAUAUCGUCUUCGCCGUCGCCGUAGCUGCACCAUCAACAGCAGCAUCAACAACAACUACAAUCAGAACGAUAACAACAACAGUAACAACAACAAUAACAACUACAACAACGACAACAACAACAGCAGCAGCAGCAACAACAACAGCAGCAACAACAACAGCAGCAGCAGCAGCAACAGCAGCAGCAGUAACCAUCGUCGUCACGAGCCUUCGCUACAGGAAAAUUCAUCGAUCGAAUUGACUCUCUCUUCUCUGUUCGUUUCGAUCUGGAAGGAACGAAGGUCUCGCGGCCGCGAUCGUCCUCUUGUUUUUCUCGGCGUUAUUCAACCGCGCGAUAUCCCGGUGUCGAAAGUGCGCAGUAUUUCUCGUCUACGGUUGGUUCGAUCCGUCCGUCUGUUUGCUCGUUCGUUCGUUCCAAGGAUAAAGGCCGUUGUUGUCAUCAUCGUGACCGUUGUUGUUAUUCGCGUUGUAAUUGUUUGCGACGUUUCCGAGACGUGAAAACAGAUAAUUGAAAGUGCGAGAAACGCUUUUGUGCAUCGACGAACGACGAACGCGCGCUAUUCCUCGCGACUUGUCCCGAAUGGGGGCCGACGGACGGAUGACCAUACCGAGGAAAACGAAAGAAACGCAGCCAGAGGCGAAGAGCGGUGUAUUCGCGCGGGAUUUGUUCCAAGCAAACCCGCCGGAUGAUGUAACAUAACUAAAUAUGGACUGUAAAUAAUGUACUAGAUAAAGCUAGUAAGUUAAGUAAGAUCGCACAUCACCGUCUUCUUCGUUGCCGUCGUCAUCGUCCUCCUCUUCGAAAUCCCCGUUGCCGUUAACGCUGGACGAGAAGCAGGUUUCGAUAGUGGAAACGAAUGAGCAUGGAAGAAACAAAGUCUCGGAGGGAACGAUACGGCGCGACAAAGUAAACGAAAAAAAAAAAAAAAA